AUGAAUAGUAAAUAGAAGGCCUUUGCCUUGCUGUUGCUCUUUAUGCUCUCAGGAGUAUAAGUGAUGACAUAGGAUCUGACUGAUGAAUAAAAAAAGUUAUUGGAACAAUCCUAAGAAACCCAUGAAUUCUAAGCUGAAACAGGUAGAUUGAUGGACAUUCUUAUCAAUUCUCUCUAUACACAAAAGGAAAUCUUUCUUAGAGAAUUAAUCUCAAACGCUGCAGAUGCCCUUGAUAAACUUCGUUUCUUAAGUGUUAGGAAUCCAGAGAUUUUGGGAGACAAGACAGAAUUAGCAAUAAGAAUUGAAAUAAAUACAGAAGAAAAGUCAGUUUCAGUAACAGACAGUGGUAUUGGUAUGACAAAGAAUGACCUAAUUUCCAAUUUGGGCACAAUAGCAAAAUCAGGAACAACUCAAUUCAUCGAGGCAAUCAAAGGUGGAAAUGUAAAUUUGAUUGGUCAAUUUGGUGUUGGUUUCUAUUCAUGCUUCUUGGCAGGACAGAAGGUUACUGUUGCAUCAAAGAACUCAGAUGAUGAUUAAUACAUUUGGGAAUCUCAAGCAGCUCAUUCAUUUGCUGUAUCUAAAGAUCCAAGAGGAAACACUUUGGGUCGUGGUACUUAAGUCACUAUUCAUUUGAAAUAAGAUGCAGUAGAAUUUGCUGAAGAAUCUACAAUUAGAGAGUUGAUCAAAAAGUAUUCUGAAUUUAUCAAUUUCCCAAUUUACUUGAAGGUGACAAGAGAAGUUUCAAAGUAAGUAGAGGAGGAAUCAGAAUAAUAAUAGGAUCAAUAAGAUCAAUAGGAUUAGACAGAUGAUGAUGAAGUCAAAGUUAAAGAUGAUGAUGAUGAUGAUGCAGAUACAAAGAAGAAGGCUACUAAAACAAUAAAAGAGAAGGUGUCUGAGUGGGUGUAAGUGAAUGAAAAUAAAGCUAUUUGGUUGAGACCAAAGGAAGAGAUAUCAGAUGAUGAUUAUAAGAAAUUCUAUAAAGUCUUGUCUAAGAAUUCAGGUGAAGAUCCAUUCAACUGGGUUCAUUUCAAAGCAGAAGGUGAAGUUGAAUUCACAUCUCUUAUUUAUGUUCCAAAGAGAGCACCCAGUGAUAUGUUCGAUAAUUAUUAUGGAAAAUAAACUACAAACUUGAAAUUGUAUGUCAGAAGAGUUUUGAUCAGUGAAGAAUUCGAAGAUAUUCUUCCAAGAUAUUUAAGUUUUGUUAAAGGUGUGAUUGAUUCUGAUGAAUUACCCCUUAAAUGUCAAUAGAGAAACACUUCAAUAACUUAAGAUAUUGUUAAGAAGAUCUUGGAAUUAUUCUAAGAUGCUGCCUCCUAUGAUGAUGAAGAUGAGGAAGAUACUGAAGAAGGUGAAGAGGAUGAUAACAUGGCUGAAACUACUCCAGAAGAAUAAUAAAGAUUGAAGGAUGAGAAGAGAAAGAAGAAGAUCGAUGAGUACAAUGAAUUCUGGAAGGAAUAUGGAAAGAAUAUCAAGUUGGGUGUCAUUGAAGAUUCAUCAAACAGAUAGAAAUUGGCUGAAUUAACAAGGUAUCAUUAUUAUUAUUACUAUUAUAUGAAAUAUGUUAUGCAAUGA